GGGGCUGGCUUUUAUGGAGCGUCGCACCGGGAUCAUGGCUUUGUCAGUGUGGUAGUGUCGCUCACACACACAUGCAGCACACGUGUGGACACCUCUUCAUGCAGCAACAGAGAGAGAUCUCCAGCGGAUUUCACCUGUCAGCAGCAGCCCACAGGAGAGCCAACGUUUGGUCCCAGGGCUCCGAUUCAGCCCUAUCGUCAGGCCUCGGUGAUGCCCGGUGUGUUUGGAUUAGACCGGAGUUUACUGUACCGUACAGUUGUUUGCUUGUUGAUGACUGUCAGACUGGUUCAUGUGGAGGGAGCGACUGAUUGUUUGGAUACAGACUGAAAACACAGAAGAAAGACGAAGCAAAAGAGAAAAGCAGGCGCCGAGUGAGGGAUGAAGUAUUUGAUGCUUGCUGAGAUAAAGAAUCAGAGUUUGGGAAAAAGAUGAGUGUGAGGUGAAGAGAUUAGUUUGGCACUAGAGAUACAGGCAAAGUGAAAGAGAGAGGAGAGAGAGAGGGGAGGCAGUAGGAGGGAGGAGAGACAGAGGCUCCGGCCCUCUGGGACAGCAGUGUGUGUUUAGGGGGUGGACAGAGUGGCUUUGUAUGCAGAUCAUCACCGAGCUCCACCAGGAGGGACGCUGUCAGUUGUUCUCUGUGUGUGUGUGUGUGCGUGUGUAGUAAAACCAGACCUACCUCUGAGCCCUGCAUCACACUCUGCUCUCCCGGAGUCUGCCUUCUGCCUUCCUCUGAACUGAACCCCUCUGAGAGUGUGUGAGUGUGUGUUAUAGUCUCGGAGCUGCUUCCCGGAGGUCAGGACUGAUAGGUUGUGAUGUGGAACUUGUGGGAUUAAACUUUCCGGCGUCUCUGUGGUGACAGCGAUGGAUUGGAUCCAGGAGAGGGGAACAACUGAAUCCAAGAGGAGGAUUUGCAGGCACCACUAAAACCACCCAUCCUCUCUGUUCUUGAGUGAAUCUACUGCAUUUUUUUGUGCAUCAUCUUGUUUAGUUAGUUGAGCGUCUAAGCAGCCCAUGUGGGCAGAGAGGGAUGCAGAUCUGAGCAAGCUCCACGCCUCGAUGCCUGCCGCUACGCUCCCGUGCCCUGCUCCAGCCAGGUCUAACUGGAGCUUCCAGAACCCAGUGGGGGUGGACUGCAGCUCCCCUGAACCUCGCUGCAUCUGGCUGGCGGUGCUCCGUGGCACCACAGGCCCCGUACCAGUGCCAUCCAACAUGCCCACUAGGUACAGCAAGAGCUCUCAUCAGCCAAGGGCUAAGGGGUGGAGGGAUGGUCUCUCCUCAACUGGUGACAACCCUCGGCCGCCGAUGGCGACCCGGGCAGGAAGAGAGGGGGUUGCCGGAGGCUGGAAAGGUCCCCGGACUCUGGUCCUCCGUAAGAACUCCCAGGGAUUUGGAUUCACGCUACGGCAUUUCAUUGUCUACCCUCCAGAGUCCGCCCUGCACACCACCCUCACGGAUGAGGAGAAUGGAAACGGAAAAGAGUAUCAGAAAGGUCGACUGGAGCCUAUGGACACCAUAUUUGUCAAGAAUGUGAGAGAAAAAGGUCCAGCCCACCAGGCAGGCCUGUGCACAGGGGAUCGACUGGUGAAAGUGAAUGGAGAGAGUGUUCUAGGGAAGACGUAUUCGCAGGUGAUCGCCCUCAUUCAGAACAGUGAGUGUGUGUUGGAGCUCUCCAUUAUGCCAAAAGAUGAAGACGUGCUCCAAUUGGCGUACUCCCAGGAUGCCUACCUGACCGGGAACAGGCCCUAUUCAGGGAGAGCUGAAAACCUCCCACCACCACCUCCCCUCUGUUACCCACACACCAAGACCACAUCCCCUCCAUCUGCCUCCAUGGGCCAGAACCAGCUGGAUAACUGGAGUCGCUGGCCAGGCUCUUCUAGUCCCUCUUCACCCCUGGACAACCGCUCUGCUAUGGGCAGCCCUGCCAGCUGGCAGGAGGGACAGGCAGGAGAGCCAGGUGGUGUGGGUCACAGCAGCCCAGCCCACCGCACAGAGGAGAUCCAGUACGGUAUGACUGGCCAGCAGCCUCAGGACCAGACCCGGAGGCGCUCCUACUCUUCGUCAUCGUCAUCAGGCGGUCCCUUGUCCAGCCCUCUACAAGUCCACCACCCCAACCACCAUGUUCCCAGCUCUUCGCAGGCUCAGCCACACAAGUCUAAUUCGGCCUGGACCAGUCCCCCCCUGCCCCAUCUCAGCAACAGCCGCAACGAGCGCUGCCAGCAGGCACUUUCUAACUGGUACUACAGCCAGCUGCCUGACCGUUCAGGACGCAGCAUGCAGACCCGCCACCGCAGCUACUCUCAGGAUCGGCUCAGUGAAACAAGGAGGCAGCAGCAGCGGACAGGUGGCUGGCCACACAGCUCCUCCCAGGAAACUCUGCUGUUGCUACAGCAGUCAGGACCAGGACCCCAUGGUGAGCCCCACUGGUCAUACAGCGAGUGGGAGGGGGGGUCAGGUAGGGGUCACCCCGCCUCGAACUAUACCCGAACUCGCUCUGAAAACCUGCUGGCCCAGUAUGAUCGCCACGGCCGCUCGUUAGAGAUGCUGGACCGAACAGCAGCUGGACUGGUCUCAUCUCGGUCAGACAGGCCCUCUUGGCUCCAGCAGGCUCCCCAGCUGCCCCCCCGGACUGACGCCUCCCCAAGGCAGGGGAGCCAUCACGGUGCAGCACAAGCUCCUCCGAUGUCCCGACACUCACAGUCACAGUCUAAAUGCCACCAACAGAUAAAAACUCAGGCCCACUCCCAGGCACAACCCCAACCAACUGCUCCCCAGAGCCGGCGACUUCCCCCUGGGCAGAGCAUGGACGACCAGCCGGUGGGCUACCGUAGCUACAGUCCCUCUUUUUACCGUAAGACAGGCCGCAUCAUGCAGCAAGCCCACUCUUUCAAGGACCCAUCAUACUCUGGCCCCCACUUGAACUGGAACCCAACGCCUAAAACCAGCCCCCCAGAGGGCACAGUGGCACAUCUCGCCACUUCUACAGCGUCUCCCCUUGCUUCCACCACUCCUGAAUCCCAGGAGAAGGCGUACAGGCCAACAAACCACGAGAGGGAACGAGGGGCAGUGGAGGGGCAGGUAGAGAUGGUGUCACAGAGCCAGGAGGUAGUGCUGAGGCAGAAACCUCCCACUGGUCGGAGGAAUGCCUAUGGCAUACGUCAUCCCCACUACGCCUUGCCUGUGGAUGAGCUAGAACCCUCUUUGUUUUCUCCUGAUCCCCAGGACACAGCCCCCGUUCCUGGUUCCACAGGAGAUGUAGUCCAACGCAAACCAAAUGGCAGCCUCGCCCCACUCCUCGCAGAGGAUGACUCUCUGGCCUCCAUACCCUUCAUAGCAGGCAGUAUUAAAUCCAGUCGCCGUUCAUCCUAUCUUCUAGCCAUCACCUCCGAGCGCUCCAAGUCAUGUGAUGAAGGACUCAACACUUUCAGAGAGGAAGGCCGAGUCUUCUCGAGGUUACCAAAGAGAGUGAAGAGCUUCUUCGCAGACGGGUCUCUGGACAGUCUUGGGACAGCAGAGGAGGUUCGGUCUAAACGCCACUCUACCUCAGAGCUGGGAAACAUCACUUACAGCGACGUACGGCGAGAAGGAUGGCUACAUUUCAAACAAAUCCUCACAGAAAAGGGCAAGAAGGUGGGCAGUGGCAUGCGUCCAUGGAAGCGAGUUUUCUCAGUGCUUCGUUCGAAUUCACUCUUCCUUUACAAGGACAAGAGAGAGGCGGUGCUUCGUGGGGCCACGAUAGGGUGUUCGGCCGAGGACGAACAGCCAAUCAGCAUCCGGGGCUGCUUGGUGGACAUCGCUUACAGCGAGACCAAGCGAAAGCAUGCCCUGCGACUGACCACCCAGGACUUCUGCGAGUACCUGCUGCAGGCGGAGGACCGGGAGGACAUGCUGGACUGGAUAAAGGUCAUCAGAGAGAACAGCAAGACAGACAGUGAGGAGCUUGGCUUCUCCAGACAGGCCCUCAUCAAUAAGAAAUUGAAUGAUUACAGAAAACAGAGUCCAACAGGCAGCAAGCCUGACUCCUCUCCAAGGAUGCCCCGCAUGAAACCUCCGUUCCUGCAUACCAAGACAGAGAACGCUGCUGGAGCACCACGCUCACCCAAACCCGAGGGCAAAGAUGAGAGCAGUCCUCCUAAGUCUCCAUGGGGGAUCAACAUUAUGAAGAAGACAAAGAAGGCCGGGCCCAAAGCAUUCGGUGUGAGGUUGGAAGAAUGUCAGCCUGGUGCAAAUAACAAGUUCGUACCGAUGAUCGUGGAGAUCUGCUGCGGUCUGGUGGAGGAGAUGGGUCUGGAAUACACCGGAAUCUACAGAGUUCCUGGAAAUAACGCUAUGGUGUUGCUGCUUCAGGAUCAGCUCAACAAGGGUAUCGACAUCAACCCUGCAGAAGAGAAGUGGCAAGACCUCAACGUUGUCAGCAGUUUACUCAAAUCCUUCUUCAGGAACCUUCCAGAGCCGCUCUUCACCAAUGACAAGUACAACGACUUUAUUGAGGCCAAUCGGAUGGAAAAUGCAUCAGACAGAUUAAAAACCAUGAAGAAACUGAUCCGAGAUCUCCCAGAUCAUCAAUAUCACACUAUGAAGUUCCUGGUUGGUCACCUGAAGACAGUAGCAGACCACUCGGAUAAAAACAAGAUGGAGCCUCGUAAUCUGGCUCUGGUGUUUGGGCCUACUCUGGUUCGCACGUCCGAGGACAACAUGAAAGACAUGGUCACACACAUGCCCGACCGCUACAAGAUAGUAGAGACGCUCAUCCAACAUUGCACCUGGUUUUUCACUGAAGAGCUCGACAAGGACGAAAAGACGCCGGUGGACACUGAGGAUGUGCAGCCGGCUCCCAACAUCGACCACCUGUUGUCCAACAUCGGCAGGACUGCUCUGCUCGGGGAGGCUUCAGAUUCAACUAACAGUGACUCAGCCAAGUCAAAGGGGUCAUGGGGGUCAAAGAAAGACCUCACAGCCAAAGACUUCUUGGCUAUCUCCAUCAUGUCUGCUGUCACAGGCCGCAAACGCAGGAAGCGCCAUAAUGCCCGCCGAGUGGGCAGCAGCACCGAUGACGACUCAGAGCACGAACCAGUCAAAGUUGAACAUCUAAGGACAGAGGAGGGAGACGAGGCAGAGUCACCUGUAGGAGACACUGCUCCUCGAGCAGAAGGAGAGGAUGAUGACUACGAAGAAGAAGAGGAAGAUGAAGAUGAGGAAGUUGUAGAAAGAGGAGAGAAAGGGGAGGUCGAAGUGGAGGUGGUGCCAGAAAUUCCCAGUCAGCCGUGCUGUAAAGAGGAAGAGGCAGGAAGAAGGAAGGCAGCCAUUUUGUUAAACGAAGAGGCACGGGCGGAAGUGAAGGGGCCACCUUGGCGAGCUCCAGAGGACGCCCACUCUAUCGUUUCUGGUUACUCCACCCUCUCCACGUUAGGGCGCAGCCUGAAAUCAGAGGGGAGGGGGGAUGAUGCUGAUGAUGAGCACAGCGAGCUGGUGAGCGAGACGGACAAUGAGAGUGGCUUCGCCUCGCGCUCCCUCACCCAGGAGAGACCUGAUAAACACCCAACCUCACCUGGAAACACACAGCCGCUAGCAGCCCCACGCAGCUUCCUCUACACACAUUACAAACCCUCCAUUCUCUCUCCCCCAAACUCGCUCGUCCCGCCAACACCCCUUACACACACAGAAGACUCUGCAGAAAGAAGUGAGGGAGGGGCACGCUCCAGCACAACCUCGUCCUCCUCCUCGUCCACUACUCACAGACUGCACUCGCGGCCUUCCUUCAGCUCCCACAAACUGAUCCAGUGUGACACUCUUGCCAGGAAGAAGCUGAAGUCGGAGAAGGCCAAGGCUCGCUCCCUGGACCUGCUGGAGCUGUCUGGGACUGCGGCUCAAAGUGACGGGGCUAGUUCUGGGUCAGAGGUUGCACCCAGAGUGAAGAAGGAGUCCUCCAGAACCUACCCCUCCUCAGGCAGCAGCCAGGAGAGUCUGCGCCUAGCUCGGCCCAGGCCCGCCCUGCCACCCGGCGAGGCCUCCUCCUUCACCCCAACAGGCCCGGGCGGCAGGUCUCUGGCUGACCAUGUUCGGGCUCGACUGCUGGGCUCGGCCGAUGACCUGCGGAGUGUGGGACUGCGGAAACCGCUGUCGCCUGAGACACGGAGGAGGAGACGGGCCUGGCGCAGACACACUGUGGUGGCCUCCCCGACCGAGGCAUCCAACAAGAGACCCCCAUUGACUGUCAAUGAAUGCUCCCCUUCUCCUAUCAAUCAAAACCAGGUCAAGACGCCAGAGCUGCCUCGGGAUGCAGAUGGCCUCGAACAAGGACCAGCUACACAUCAAUCACCCUCCUCUAGAUUCCACCAGUACCUGUGAGCCCUGCCAGCUGAAAAGAGGCUGAAGUUGCUGAUGCUGACCUGCUGACUCCUCUGGAGGUCGGCAGAGCAGCAGCAGCAGUGUAAACUGGGCUGUAGUUAGUAGCCAGGUACAACACAGCAUACCACUGAACAGGUCUUUAACAGCAGCCCAGCCUUUUCUUUUUGAUAAGCUCCAUAUGCAUGGCAGGGAGCAUUCCAGUGUUGCCAAAGCUUUUGUGUUUCUCCUCUGUGUGUGCUUUUAUAGAAAUAAUACAGAAGCAGGACAGAGACACAAACAGACCUCAUAACCAUCAAUGUUACAGCCAAGAAUUUGCAUUCGAGUAAUAACCGAGCAUCCUUCCUGUCUUCUCUUCCUUCCUGCUUGGCUCACAAAUGACAUAUGUUAAAUGUCUUUAAGUGACCAGAGGAGGACGCUGAAGUGCAUCCUUCCUCUGGUUCUUCAGAGAAUGGUGCUUCUUAACAAAGUGGAGUUUAACGGUUACUAUUAGAAAAUGAGUUUAAACCUACUUCAGUGAGCCAGAAGAGACAGACAUUUACAAAAAUGUAAUGGUCAGGUUAAAACCAUUUCAAGAGGGAUUGCAACUGAUUUUUCCUGUCAGUCUUCCUAGUCUGUCCCUCCUCAGACCACAGACACUGUCAAACUCACAUUUAUACUCCAAACAACACAAACACACAACGUACAGCCGUCUGUCUCUGUUUGUUGAUAAUGCCUAUGUGUUUGAGCAAAACUGUUCGUGAUCAUGUCUGAGUGUGCAGGUGUUUGUGUUGAACAAUUUUGUAAUAUUUGUACAAAGCCUUGUUAAGUUAACCUUGUAAAUAUAAAUAUUAUGUUAUCAUA